AUGUCUUUGCAAUGCAGAUCUAUCGUAGCACCUCUAAACAACUUUGGCAACCUUCCACAAGACUGCCUCACAUUACCAACGAUCACAGAACUAUGGUUUGCAGACUGUAAUAUCUCAAGUCUUCACCCAAAUGCAUUUCGAAGACUAAACAAUUUGCAAAGAUUAGACUUAAGUAGGAACAAGAUACGUUGUCUUCCACCAGGAGUAUUCCAGCACGCCACCGCAAUAUAUACAUUAAAUCUGGGUUUCAAUAAACUGACCACAAUUUCUGGCUCUCCAUUCAGACAAGGACAGCUAGUGAUGGAAUUGUUUCUACACCGCAAUCUUUUAGUUGAAAUCAACAGCACCCUGUUUCAAAAAUUACAAGGGCUAGUGAUACUAUCUGCAUCCGGGAAUCAACUGACAAGCCUGCCUGCAACCAUCAGUAAACAAUGGCGGCUAAGUGAAAUGUAA